UUCUAGGAAGGUUGUGGUUGACAGGGCCACAGCGGCAGGAGAAGCAUCUGGCUCUGCCUCUCUGUGCCCAGCGCUGGCGAUUGGAGUCACCCGACCUUGUUCCAAGGCUGGGUACCAAGCUCCCAUUGCUGUCAACUCCGAGAGCAUUCCCAAAUUCAAACCCAGACACUUCUGCGAGGCAGAAGCACGGGUUCAAAGAUGGACUUUACCAGAAAAGGAAAGACCACUGAAGGAAAAGGCCUGACUGGCUACCCUCUUGCCAAGAGGUUUUCCCCGGCGAGUCCCUUGAUGCUCCUUCCCUCCAAGCUUCCCAUCCCAAAGAGCUCUCCUUCUACCAAGCCAAGCCAGGUCUCCAGCGGAGAGGUGGAGAAGGGGAAAAAUGUCAUCAGCUGGGAUGAGGAGAGUAGAAAACCACAGGGACUGAUUUCAGAUGGAAAAGGACAUAAGGCUUCCUUGCUGUAUACCCCUGGGGGAGAAGUGAAGAAGGGGUCACUGGGACUACCUCUGCUCCCCCCAAUACGCAAGGCAGGAAGUCUCCCUGUUGGCAGUGCUGCAGGGUCUGUGCAAAGCUCUCUCCAGCUGGAUUUCCAGGAGUCCCAGGAGAUGAGGCCAAGACCCAGCAGCAGUAGCCAAGAGAAGAGCUCUGACCAUGCAGGCCUGACUGGCUACCCUCUUGCCAAGAGGUUUUCCCCGGCAAGUCCCUUGAUGCUCCUUCCCUCCAAGCUUCCCAUCCCAAAGAGCUCUCCUUCUACCAAGCCAAGCCAGGUCUCCAGCGGAGAGCAGGAGAAGGGGAAAAAUGUCAUCAGCUGGGAUGAGGAGAGUAGAAAACCACAGGGACUGAUUUCAGAUGGAAAAGGACAUAAGGCUUCCUUGCUGUAUACCCCUGGGGGAGAAGUGAAGAAGGGGUCACUGGGACUACCUCUGCUCCCCCCAAUACGCAAGGCAGGAAGUCUCCCUGUUGGCAGUGCUGCAGGGUCUGUGCAAAGCUCUCUCCAGCUGGAUUUCCAGGAGUCCCAGGAGAUGAGGCCAAGACCCAGCAGCAGUAGCCAAGAGAAGAGCUCUGACCAUGCAGGUUGUUCAGAGUCUAUAGCAAAAACCCAGAGGACGAAGGAAAAGAGCUCUCAGUGUAAGACAGGCCCUGGGAUGCCUCUGUUCCCAAGGAAACUCCCUGAGCCGUUGGGCCUGGAGACUCAUGUGCCGAAGCGCGGCCUUGGCAAUGGAGGUCUCGGCCCCCGGCCGGCUCAGGGGGCCUUGGCCCAGGAGCCUCAGCAGAGGCCACCGAGCAGCGCUGGCCCCAGGGUCACUGCCGGGGAGGACAAGGGGAAGGCCGAGCAUGGCUCAGCCUCACACAGAGGCCUGACUGGCUACACUAUUGCCAAGAGGUUUUCCCUGGCAAGUCCCUCACCACUGCUUCCCUCCAAGCCCUUGCCUCCCAUCCCAGAGAGAUCUUCUUCCAUCAAGCCAAGAAAGACGUAUAAUGAAGAGAAAGAGAAAAGCCAAACUAGCACUGGCUACACAGAUACCAGAAGAAUAAGCCAGGAGCUGAGCUCAGAUGGAAUAAGUUGUAAGGUAUGGAGGCCAAGAUAAAUCUUGUAUGGUAGAUUUUCUGUAAAGUGCUGUAGGCAG